GGGGCUCAAGUGGCUUGUCCGAUAGGAAACACCCGGGCCCCGGGUUCAGUCUACACGUUUGAAUCUGGUGGGAGGUGCUCGGUGGGUUGCAUACCUACUAGGAUGCUGCGGCUACGGCCACACGGCACGUUGUUGACGACAGACAUCAGAAUGUUCGUGCGCCUGUCGGCCUUCCAGCUUCUAUUACACGAAGAGCAGACGGUAGAAACGGUGGACAACCGGAACUAACUGCUGCCCAUCGCGGUGACAGUGGUAUUGCGAAUUGUGGAACCCUUGCACUAGCCUUAUAUUUCACCCGUGUUCUUGCCUUGCUUGGUACGGUCAUACGCCUCCCACUCACUAUCAUCAUGUCUGAUUCGUUUAUGAUAAAGCUACCCAUUGCAUCAUGCAUUAUCUAUGUCAGUGUUCUGCUUCUCAGUGUUUUUGUUUCUUCCUCUUUUUCAAUAAUUGUUUUGCACCUUCCGCUUUUAAUGAAUGACGCAAAGGAUGAGUCUCAGCACAGACUCAAGACUCAAUUAAAACACCUAGAAGAAGAGCUACAAAAUGCUAAAGAAGAGUCACUAUCCUUGCUGCUAACAACCAGCAAGGAAAAAGAACUGUUGGAGAAAAAAUUGACAUCAAUGAAGCAAUCAGUUUUGCAGGUUGAAGCUAAUAAUAACAAUGAUGAUUUAGGUGAAGAGGGCCCGCUUAUCAGAGACUUGUUGAAGAGAGGGAUCACUUACACAAGCAGGUUGAUGAUCUUAAAUCCAUUAUUGAAGGCAUGCAGUGCAAGAUUGAUGAAAUGGAAAUGAGAGACGGUUCUCAAAGACAGGUUGACUUACUCAAUUCUAUCAUUGUAGAAAUGCAGCACAAGAAUGAUUUAUUGAAAGCUCAUGUCGAACUUCUAGAGACUAGAUGUAAAUGAUCAUGAUCUGUAAGUAUAAAGCUUUUUAAUUCAGUUUAGUUGUAAACCAGUUAAAAAUCAGUUUCCUGUUUUAACGAUGUAAUUAUUUGGUCUCCCACAUAUACAGCAUCAAAUCAGAGUUGGUUGUGCUGGGUCUUUUCUGUGAUGUCUGUGAUAAGUUUGAUCAACAUACUUCUGAGGAUUGUUCUACUUAGAGGCAAUGUUGGACCACUAGCUGGUGAAUACAAUUUGAAUACGCUUUAAACUUGAUCUCAAAGAUGCCUUGAUAAUUGUGAAAUAUAUUCAUAAUUGUAAUGAACUUCCAUCUCAAAUUAUCUUGACAGAAACAACAUUAAGAGAUUAUUUAUAAUUUACCAUUGCCAUUUUACAAGUAGAGGAAAUGAUUGUCCAGAAGAAAUCUGAGACUGGCGGAACUCUUAAGAUUUUUGGAAAGUAAACUAUGCAUGCCGUCGUGUAAGGACUUUUUCUGCCUAUGUUAUUUUUUAAGUGAAGUAUAUUUUUACACGAUAUUACUAUUGGUCGGAGAAAUUAACAUUUUAUCAUUUUCACUAAAUUAUUUUAAGCAUUAACCAUUCUUUCGACAUUAACUUUUAAUUCAAUGUAUGUUUCUGUUGGUCCCGCUCUGCAUUAUAUAUUGUGCAUGAAGUUUUUUUUAUCAGUAAUGUGUUCACUGCCUCUUCUAUAUUUAUAGUAUUAACCGAGAGAAGUUGUUUUUUGUCUCUAUGCUUGUGAAAUUCAAACUCCAAUUUAUUUAUUUUUGGUCAAAGCUUUUAAUAAAAAUGUUUUUGUAAAUUUCA